AUGCCUGCUGACCAGGACUCCCUCUAUGGACAGCCCCGUUUGAAAAAGAACAAAACUGAACAAACCACCUCAAGCCUCGCCUUCACCUCUCAGCUCUCUUCACUCAUCGCCCAAGAUGCAACCUCCGGCUCGUCGCGUGGACGCCACCGUCCCUCCAAGAAUCCGAAGUCGGAUAUCUUCUCAAAGCAGAACAAAGGCACCAAGAAACGCGCAGCUGCCGAUCUUGCAGAUGACAACAGGGCCGUCAAGCAGGUCCACAGAAGCACCCAGGACAUUGGCUCUAUAGAUGCCAACACGCUAAGCCGGUCUCGACGCCGCAUGCAGGAAAAAGCGCGCCUUUACGAUGAUAUGAAGAAGGGAUUGCAUCUUGCCGGUGAUAGUGAUGAUGAUGACAUGCCAAUUGAUCCAUCUGACCCGAACGCCUAUCUGGCCCGACUACGACGCAAGGAGAAAGAUGUACUAGUUGAUUUCGAUCUCAAGCACGCAAACGAGGAAACGUUCAAACAAGAUGAGUCUGAUGAUGACAAUGCAUCUAUUGUUUCCUACGAAGACGAAUUUGGCCGUUCUCGCCGUGGCACUCGCGCCGAAGCUGCCGAAGCUGCUCGCGCCAAGGAAGAAGAAGCAGGUGGCAAAGCUGCCCAGGAACGCUGGCGCCCUGCUCGUCCUGAUAAUUUGAUAUACGGAGAGACCGUUCAGACUGAAGCUUUCAAUCCCGAUGCCAACAUUGCGUCGCACAUGUCCCAUCUCGCUGCUCGUCGUGACCGCUCGCCUACACCACCAGAGAGUAAGCAUUACGAUGCAGAAGCAGAAGUUCGCAACCGUGGGACUGGAUUCUAUCACUUUUCCACCGAUGAGGAGGAGCGCAAGAAGCAAAUGGAAGAUCUCCGAAUUUUGCGAGAAGAGACUUUAUUCAAGCGGAAAUCGGACGAAGAACGGAUGGCUGAGCGCAACGCUCAUUUAGAAUGGCGGCGCAAAGAAAUCGAGAGACUCCGUAAGGAGAAGCUAGAGAAAUGGCGCCUAGAGGACCUCGAAGCCGAACGCAACCCACCUAAGCCAGAAACCGCGCCUCCGCCUAAACCACCACAAAUACAGUUGUUUGAUUCAGACGAGACACCGUUUGAUUCAACAUGCCCGCUAUGGCGACGGUACAUGGUCAUGGUAUAUCCCGAACCAGACGAUAUCCCUGACUCUGAAAAGGAUAAGGAAAAGGACACUUCCUAG